UGGGCCGGCUAGUAUUUAUGAGAAUCAAAAUGUCGAAGAACGUGAGACAGCCAAGCGUCUUCUUGGUUGGAUCGCCUGCUCAAAGCGAGCGCUCAAGUGGCAUGAGAUACAAGGAGCAGUUUGUAUGGACACUGUAGACCAGACAGUAGAUUUUGAAAAUCGACGUUUGUGCGCACAUGUCAGAGACAUCUGUGGUUCACUGGUUGAGGUGCUUCCGGGCGAUAGAGUCCAGUUAGUACAUGGUACAGCCAAGUCGUAUCUUAUUCAUAACGAAUAUGUGCAAGUUCAUAGAGAAGAGCAAAAAUUGGCGAAUCUGUGCUUACAAUAUCUGCUGUUCGACUGUUUCGACGCCAACCUUUCCGAUGAUUCGAUCAGAGAUUAUGUCACAGACGGAUAUUUUGCUUUUCAAGAUUAUGCAGUAUUACAUUGGGUGGAUCAUCUUGAGGCUUCUAUUCCACAUCUGCAAAGCGAUGCGGUCGAGGAGAAUGGCCUUGGCCCUUCUAUCGCAGACUUCUACGACGCAUACGGAUCUGCGGAAGCAAGCGAAAAAGACAUCCCGGACGAUCUCAAGAAUCUUUGCCAACACCUCAAGAGCGCCGAUUACUUCGAAAAUCUCCUACUGCUCAUCAGCUAUACCAGGAAUUAUCGUGCUCGAGAAGAAACCAUCGCCGCUCUUGGAUCCCUGGGAACCAGUGUCAGCAGAGCUAGGGUUACUCUGGAAAAUAUUCAGGCUGCAGCGAUCCCAGACCCUUCAGUUAUAUCAAGUCUCCAGCAAUACUACGGACUUAACUGGCACAGAUGUCCGCGACACGCAUGCUUCAACUUCCAUGAGGGAUUCCCCAACUCAAACAGUCGAGACAGCCAUGUUGCUCGGCACGAAAAGCCCUUCUUAUGCACAGAAACUAGCUGUACAAGGAAGCAUCUUGGUUUCGCAACCGAGAAAGAGCUUAAGAAGCACCUGGCUGUCAUGCAUCCUGAUCCGGCAGUGCUGUUUCCGAAGAUUAAGAAGACCCCCGCAAAGCAUGUCUGCGAUAUCUGUUCCAAAGAUUUCACCAGAGCGCAUAACCUCAAUGCUCAUAAGAGAACUCAUGGAAAUUUACGUCCAUACAAGUGUGACUUUUGUGUCAAAGCUUUUGUCAGGAAGUAUGACUGCGAACGGCACGUUCUUAACUUGCAUCCCGACAUGGGUGCAAUUCGUCCGGAGGAAGUUGUUUCUCAGGGUAGUGAGGCACAGUAA